AUGACCCUCUCCAACCCCGCCAUCGCUGCCUGCUCAAGCGUCCUCCUCAUCGGCGCCUACUUUGUCGACCCCAACGCUGUCCCCUUCGUUGCUGCUGGUGUCGCCGCCACCUGGGCCCGCCUCCUCUUCAAGAAGACUGCCAUCAGAACUCCUCCAUUGGAUCCCAAGGAGUACCGCAAGUUCAAGUUGGUUGACAAGGUUGUCUGCAGUCCUAACACUGCCAUGUACAAGUUUGCGCUCCCUAACGAGGAUGACAUCUUGAACUUGCCCAUUGGACAGCACAUCUCCAUCAUGGCCAACAUCAACGGAAAGGAGAUCUCUCGCAGCUACACCCCCACCAGCAGCAGCGACGACGUUGGACACUUUGUCCUCUGCAUCAAGGCUUACCCUCAAGGAAACAUCUCCAAGAUGUUCUCUGAGCUCGUUAUUGGCGACACCAUCAAUGCCCGUGGACCCAAGGGACAGUUCAACUACUCUGCCAACAUCUGCCGUGAGAUCGGAAUGAUUGCCGGCGGUACCGGACUCACCCCUAUGCUCCAGAUCAUCCGCGCUAUUGUCAAGAACCCCGCAGAUAAGACCAUCGUCAACUUCAUCUUUGCCAACGUCACCGAGGAAGACAUCAUCUUGAAGGCCGAGCUCGACCUCCUCUCCAAGAAGCACCCCCAGUUCAAGGUCCACUACGUCCUCAACACCCCUCCAGAGGGCUGGACCGGCGGUGUUGGCUUCGUCAACGCUGACAUGAUCAAGAAGCACAUGCCCAAGCCCGCUUCCGACAUCAAGGUCCUCCUCUGCGGACCCCCUCCCAUGAUCUCUGCCAUGUCCAAGAUUACCCAGGAUCUUGGUUACGACAAGGUCAACGCUGUCUCCAAGCUGCCUGACCAGAUCUUCAAGUUCUAA